AUGCCUGGAAACGAACUUGGUGACAAGGUUCACAAUUUCUUUGCUCAAAACAAUUUGUCACAGGAGCAGCACUGUUCGCAGGUUGUGGAAGGGAAUUGGCCAGAGGUGAACUGGGAAGGAAGAGAGGGGCAAAUUGAUGUAGUGAAUUCUAACACACAAAAUUAUAAUCUACAAAACUCAGACAGAGAUAGAGGAUCGAGCAAUUAUCCUCUUCAUGCAUCACAGAGCUUGAACUUCAGUCAAUCAACUCUGAGGACUGAUUUUAGUAAAAGUCAGCCCAAAAGUGAACGAUUAGAUUUGAAUGGCUCUAUGUACAACAGUCAGUUUCAACAUACAAGGCAGAGUGAAGCAAACUUUCUGGCAAUGGAUACAGAUUCUAAUCGGCAGAAUCUUAUAAAUGCAAGAGGCUUAUCUAUUCGUGAAUUGGAGCAAAGGAGUGGCCUUGACCAUCAGUCAAAAGCUUCAGUUAGACCAGAAGCAUCUAUAUCUCCCGUUAGUUUUGAUCUUUUUGGUGAUCAGCAGCAGAUGAGCCAUCACCACCCAAGCAUGCUGCAAUCUUUGCAGCGUCAACAGUCUGGGUUCAAUGACAUGCAGCAACUACAACAACAAGUCAUGUUAAGGAAAAUGCAAGAGCUCCAAAUGCAGCAGCAACUUCGCCAACAAGAUUCAAGGCAACAAAAUUUAUUAAAUCAGAAUUUCCCUUUUGCUAAGCAGGCAUCUGGCCACCAGUCCUCCCCUCAGAUCAAUGGUGCUCCAAGUUCUGACACAUUUCAUCACCCUUUGGUGGCUGAUCUUGGUAAUGCCAAUUGGCUGCAUCAUGGUUCUCCCACCAUGCAAGAGUCCCUCAACAUUUCUCCACUAAACCUUGGCCAGGCACAACAUUCAGGGGAUCUAGUCCCUCAAUUAGCUGAUCACUCUCUUUAUGGAGUUCCUGUUUCUGGUUCAAGGGGUUUGACUGUGAACCAGUAUUCUCAGAUGGCCAUGGAUAAACCAUCAAUGCUGCAGACGUCAACCUUUAAUAAUUCCCUUCCAGGUAAUCAACUAGCAGAUCAUGUUAGCAUGCAAGAAGGGACCUCAAUAUCUAGACACAGAUUUCAGAAUGAAAAUAUACUUGGACGUGUUUCUAGUCAAGCUGUUAAUACUGGGAUAAAUAUGGAGAGCAUCCAGCCAGUGAAUCUCAUUCAAAGAAAUGCACCUCAGCAGGACUUAAGAGGGAGGCAGAAUCUAUCUAUUUCACAGGGGCUUUCACAUGAAAAACCAACGAGGCAAUACUCUUCGAGUCAGAAAGAAGUUGCCCUAGAUCCUACUGAAGAAAAGAUAUUGUUUGGUUCAGAUGAUAAUAUAUGGGCUGCCUUUGGCAAAAGUCCUGAUAUUAGUGGAGACGCAGGUAGCUUGUUUGACAAUGGUGGGUUGCCAAAUGGGUUACCUUCUAUUCAAAGUGGUAGUUGGAGUGCUCUCAUGCAAUCAGCUGUUGCAGAAACUUCGAGCAGUGAUAUAGGGCCACAAGAGCAGUGGAGUGGUCUGGUAAACAGUACUGAAGUCCCUCCAUCAAAUCAGCACUUUUCAGCGUACAAUGACAGUGGUAAACAAGAUGACUCUUUGCCUGAUGACACUAUGCGGAUGCCUUCAGCAUUCCAUCCUGGUUCUGCUCCCCUUUCUGAUGACAGCCAUAUGAACAAUAAAUAUCGGAAUGCUGUGGGAUUUGAUCAAUUUGGACACAAGUUUCAAGGUAAACCUGGUCAAAUAUUGCAGUCUGAGACGUCUCAAAGACUUGUCCAGCCUUUGGAGGAAGCAAACCAGUGGUCAAAUUGCGGUCCACUGCAAAGAUCAGUUGCUGAAGGGAGUCAGCUAUUUAAAAAUGUCUCACAACAUUCUCUUGAUGCAGAGAAAAAUUCAACAAGCACCUCUACACUUUGGAAUUCCGAGAAUAGUGGAAGAAAACAACCAACCAAUUGGAAAGCCUUGGGUCCUUCAAAACAUUCCAAGGGAAAUGUAGGGGGCUUGAGUUUGAGUGAUGCUGCUUCCAUGCCUAACUCAAGUGCCACAGGGGUUGAUGCAGAAAACAGUCAAUUUGUUCAGAAUAGUUAUUCACUUAAUCAAUGGAAGAAUACCGAUCCUUUGGUUAAAUCCCAAAGAGGUGAAGCCCUAGGGAGCAUGCUGCACAGCACAAAUGAAGAUAAUCAGGUUUUGGACUCAGCGCGUGGUUGUGACAGAGAGGAUUCUAAUGAAAGUCGGCCAAACUUAUUACAGCACAUUCCUAGUGGUUUGAGGGACCGUCGGUUGUCUGAUGCUAGUGAUUCACAACCUCUGCCCACUGGCAAGCAAAAGACAACUAAUCAACUUGGGAGGAAAGCUUCUGGUCCUCGUAAGUUUCAGUAUCAUCCCAUGGGAAACUUGGACGAGGAUGUGGAAUCUGCUCAUGAAAUGAAGCAGCCUACCCAUGCCCUGGCCAUGUCCCAGCAAAAUGUGCAUCUUGGCCUGUCAAAUUUUUUUGAUCAGCGGCAAUCUUCUGAUCUUCAAAGAGACAAUAAGGGCCUUAACGAGGGGCAAUCCCGGGGCAGCAUUCCUGGUUAUACACCUAAUAUUUCUGUUCCUUUCAACAAAUCUGUUGAUGCAUACACACCAAACAAGACUUCAUCAAGUCAAAACAUGCUGGAGCUUCUUCACAAGGUGGAUCAACCAGUUGAUCAUGGUUCCAUGAUGCACUUCAAUUCUUCUGAACUGAAUGCAUCAUCUAAGCUACCUGAAACAGAAAAUCAUGAUGGUUCUGUUGACCGCCUCCACUGCAAUCAUUCUGCUGCCUCUCAAGGUUUCAGAUUGCAACUUGGUCCUCCAUCUCUACGGAUGCAAGUUUCAGAACAUUCACCUUCUUCUCAGACUGUCCAACAUACAAGUGAUUCUCCACAUUUAAGUCAUGCUGCUGCCGAAGAUGGAGAGAAUGGCCCACACAUAGUUACAACAUCUUCAAUUCAAUCAGUGUCUUUUUCUAAUGAACAAUCCAAGACUCAGAUAAAAAAUGAAAAAUAUGGAAUUCCAGGACAAUCUGAAAGUGGAACCCCUCUGUAUAAGAUUCGUGGAAAUUUUUCUUCAACAUUAAAUUCUGGCUCUGGCUACUCAGCAAGUCAUCUUCAUCAACAGAUGACUGGGGCAAGACAAAUGCCAGUAAAUCAGAAUAUUAACUCGUCUUUUGAUAGAAGUGCCUCCAACUCCACCCAGAAAGGAUCUAAGGAAACUUUUUUGCUCGAUGCAUCUUGCAGUACUCCACAUGGUAAUCAUGUGUCUUCGGGGGGAACAUCUCGGCAAAACAGCACUAAUGAUCCACAGGCAAGAGGUUCAACUGAUACAAUGUCAGCUAGGGAUCAUGCACCUUCUUCUCAGCCGUCAGCUGUGCCUGCCAUUUCUCAACAUGAUGCAUCUGCAAGGAUGUUUAUGUGGACCAAUGUUCCUACACACCAACAAGCUAAAGGUCCUCAGUUUCACAAGGUGUCGGCACAUUUUUCAGAGUCAACCCAACCAAAUAUUGUGGAAUCAAGUUCCUCUGUACCCCAUACUGAAGGCGAUCCUUAUGUGUGGAAAGGUGAGAAUCGCUCAUCCAAAUUCAGUGGAAUUCCUAUGAAUUCUGCAGUUGUUAGUGGGGAAGGGCAGAGCUUGAAGGAAAGCACUGAAUUGCAAGUAACAUCUGUAAACACUGACAUAGUUCAACAGACGAAUGAUGCACUUGGAAAAGUAUCUUCUGUCAAGUAUCCCUUGGAUGAUUCUCAUGCUAAUUCUUCUUCAACACAAAAGGAUAUUGAAGCAUUUGGUCGAUCUUUGAAACCGAAUAGCUUCUCUCAUGAAAAUUACUCCUUACUAAAUCAAGUGCAGGCCAUCAAGGAUGCAGAGGUUGAUCCAAACAUUAGGGUCUCAAAGAGAAUGAGAGGACCAGAUAAUGGUCCAGGUGUUCAUCAAGUAGCUUCAGAGGGAGGGCAGGUAAAUGAACACAGUGCUAUUAAUGGAGAGACGAUAGGUUCUUAUGCUGCUGUCUCAUCUGGGGAUUCUAGAAUGCAAACAUUCUCCAGGUCAGCUGAUGCCUCUCAGGACGUUCUUGCAUUUGAAUCCAAGAAGCGCAAGGAUGCUACUUCUGAACAUCAUCCUUGGUACAAGGAAAUAUCACAGGGUUCACAAAAUCUUCAAACUCUCAGGAUGGCAGAAGUCAAUUGGUGUAAAGCAGCAAAUCGUCUAACUGAUAAGGUGGAAGAUGUUGACUUGAUUGAAGAUGGACUGCAAGUGCUUAGAUCAAAGAGAAGGCUUAUCUUGACGACACAACUUAUGCAGCAAUUGAUUUGCCCUCCACAAGCAGCAAUUCUCUGUGCUGAUACUAGCUCAGAUUAUGAGAGUGUGACUUACUCUGUCUCCAGGAUAGCAUUGGGAGAAGCUUGCAGCGCAGUUUCUCACUCAAGUGAUUCAGAUAUGCCUUGUGAUGGAGAAGACGUACUUGCUGCUAAGGGCAAACAAACUGAGGGAAUUGGUGGCCGUUGUUUUGGAAAUGCUAUGGAAGAGUUUAUGGGAAGAGCAAUGAAGCUAGAAAACGAGUUCUCGAGGCUAGACGAGUAUGCAUCAAUAUUGGACCUGAGAGUGGAAUGCCUUCUAGACCUCUUCAAAAGACAGUAUAAUCGUUUUGCUAAAUUCCAUGGCCGGGGGCAAAGUGAUGGUGCUGAGACAGCAUCAAACUCUGAUGUCAAGUCGAGUAUUCAUAAACCUUUCCUGCAGAGAUAUGUCACUGCUCUUCCAAUGCCUAGAAAUAUUCCUGACAGGUCCAUUGAUGUCAUUACUGAGAAAUACCAGGUUCAGUUCAUGUACGCCUCUUUAAAACUGAAAGAAAUUUCGGGUGCCCCAUCAUUUUGCCGACCAGGGGUUGGCACAAGUGCAACAUGGUAUUUCAAAUAUAUCUACAAGUAG